GAUUUAUUUUCAUAAAUAAAGCGCAAAAUAUAUAUUCUAAGAAAUAAGAUAAACCAUUCGGACUUUUUGACGAUUUUUCGUUUAAUCUGUAAGAAAAACUAUGUCACUUACGUUUGUAAAAGCUUCUUUGUUCUUACUUUUAAUAAGAAAGUGUUCAUUGUUUAGUUUUGAGUAUGCCUUACAAAAAGUUGAUAGUUUUGAAGCUAGAGUGGUUGCUCUGGAGACGGCGGAUAGUUUAAGGCGUCUUGAAAUCGAUGAGAUAUUUGUUCAAUUUUCUGAAUUCACCAAGAAAUUGAGAGCAAUGAACAUGUCAUUAAUUUCGACAAGUUCAAACGUGGAUGUAAACAAUGGUAAUACUUCAGGUGUGAUUACAGAUGGACACUCACUUAGUUACCUGGUUAAAGGAAUGGCUGCAGAGAAACUGUUGAGCUACAAGAACAAAAAGAAAUUUAAGAGAUUGAUACGUUCCUUACGAAAUGUAUUUAGCGACCACGAGAAUAAGUUUGAAGAGAUGACGAAAAUGUUAAAAAGUGAAAUUGAUCAAAAUAGAGACAAUCUGAUAAAUGGCCAAGCUUUAUUGGCAGACACAUGUGAUACCAUAAAAGAAGGUUGUAGAAAUGAAAUGGCCUCGUUAAAAGCUGAAUUUGAGCAAAUAAAGAACGAAAUAGAAUUGUUAAAAGACGUAACAAAGAAUCAUCGGGCUAUCGAGAUAGAAUCAUGCGUAGAUUUAUUAGGUCAGGAACAGUUCGUUAGUGGUACUUAUGAGCUCCAAAAUGGUCUGAAAGUUUAUUGUGACCAAACUACUGAUGGGGGAGGUUGGAUAGUUUUUCAGCGUCGUGAAGAUGGAAGUAUCAAUUUUGAACGCACAUGGGAUAACUACAAAGAUGGAUUUGGAGAUUUAUUGCACGAGUUUUGGAUAGGAAACGAUAAUUUACAUGUCCUUACAGAACAUGGUAACCACGAGUUACGUAUAGAUAUGGAGGAUUUUGAAGGUAAUAAGGCUUAUGCUAAGUACAGUCAUUUCAAAGUUCAUGGAGAAGUUGAUAAGUUCAGGCUUGAAGUGAGUGAGUAUAGUGGAAAUGCUGGCGAUUCUCUCAUCAAUCAUAACAAAGCGGCGUUUUCUACACUUGACAGGGACAAUGAUCCAGACAAUGACCAUUGCGCUAAAAAGUUCAAAGGUGCAUGGUGGUAUUUUGCAGGCUGUCACUAUUCAAAUCUCAACGGAUUUUACUACCAGGGGUCGGAUUCCCCAUUUGGUAAAGGUGUAAUAUGGUAUCAUUGGAAACAAUCAUUUAGGUAUUCCCUAAAAUUUGUCGAAAUGAAGCUCCGGUCAACUUAAUCUUAUGGAUGUUUUGUAUUAGAAUCGAGAUUCAUAAAAUUUGGAAUAAUACAACUGCACAUCUUCGCAUGUACACAUGUUUAACAAAUAAAUGUUUUCUACAAAUACAUUUUUGCAAUGUGUUAAUGCAAACAAGCAUUUAGGGUAAAUGCAACAUACUGUACCUAGUUGUGAAAGACAGUGAAACUAGUUAUGAAAAAAAAACAGUGUACAAUUACACGAUUAAAUAAAUGCAUGAAUUCAUUCAGUUGUUUUUUUUUUUUUUCAUUAUUUCAUAGAGCGAUAAUGGGAGCAAUUCAUUGGAAUACUUAAUGUAUAUAAUGCCUUACAUUUAGAUAAAUAUCUGGUAAGAUAAAAUAUAAACUAUAAAAAAUGCAAUAUGAUGUAACAUUAAAUAAAAAACGCUAUUAAAGUCCAAAUUAACGAAGGCAAUUACAUGUUAGUGUCGAGGAAUAAUUUACGUUAACAGUGUAUUACAAGUAAAUGUAAGCGUCUCGCAAUAAUUUGAAUGCACUAAUUGGAACUCGUUGCAUAUUUAUCAUUAUAAUUUGCUUCACUUUAUUCCCCUAUUAAACAGUCCUGUCACUCGAGUGCAUAUUAUUUCUAGGAAAAUAUGCUCAGAAUAAAUAAGGGAUGCCUACAUUUCAUACGAAAUAAUAAAUUCUUACAAUCUUCAUGUUUAAGAUGAAAUCGUGAAGAAUAGAUUAUGGUGUCGAAAACUAAUCGUCACUUUAAAUCAUAUGUUGAUUUCAACUCUUACUAAUUAUUCAGUCGCACAAAAAAGAACAUUAUGCUGGUGAUGACCAAUAUAGAAUGAAUAAUGGAAUAUUUGAAAGGUUGAUCACCUAUAAAGGGUGUCAGCAUAUAUUUGGCGAUGACUACUACAUGUGUAUAAUCACCCGGUGGUAUAAUAUAUAAAGCAGCUAUAUGAUAUACAUGUAUAUCAAACUACCGUUUAUACACGGACGUAUUUGCUGUUUAAUACGACUUCAUUAUGCUUCUUAUCCUUCUUUUCAAAUCAAAAAGAUAAUUCACGAAAAGUACUGUUUCGUUUCCAUACGAUGCAAAUACAUAUUUUGUAAAUUGUAGCUAUUCAUUGUAAUGAAUUGAAGGUACGUUAUGCCUCAGGAACGAAUGAAUAUUUCGUUCUGUAAAAAUGGCAAAUAGGAGUUUUAUAAUGUUUGGGGCAUGUUAGAUGCAUAUCACCUGAAGAAAAUAGUGUUGCGUCAUAAAAGUAACAAAAUGUAAACAAAGUAGUAUUUUGACUUGUAUUCAAAAUACUAAAUCGAUAUAUCUGUACUUAUUGCUAAAAGCAACAGAAGAAAACGAUGGCUCGGUUAAAAGCCAAUGAGUAACUUUCUGGAAAUAUAACCGGACGUUAAAAAACAAACAAACAACAACAAGCUUUUGAAAAAUAAAGAUUUAAGUAUUUCUGAGGCAUAAUAGACAUUCAUUGUUUUAGAGAUGGCUACAUAACCUAACGAGUGAUUUUAUUUCAAGUUACUAUGCUUCCUUACUUAUAAAUGAUUGAUAAUUGAACCACAAUGUUGUUACAUAUUUUGUUAUUUGCUCAUACGAAAAUAAAUCAUUAAAUAACUGACAAAUGUUAUAAGACCUUGUUUCUAGGACAGAAUACCUUAAAAUAAAAUAAUGAGAUUUGCAUUGUUCCAAUGUUUCUACAUAAACUUCAGUAGAAGAAAUAACAGAUCAUUGUCUUUGGUUGUUGAAUUCAUAGAACUUACAAUGCUGAUUAUUUACAUAGCGACAGAUGGUUAUUUUUGCCCCAUUGUAGCAUGUGCGGUGGCAUAGAGGGGACAUAUGACAUAUUUUAUCUAUCACGUGGGCACGCGAUAGCUAUUACAUACGCACGCGAAAGCUACUGUAUAGGGGCACGAGAUAGCCCCUACGUUGGUCAAUCAUUACGUGCGCAUGUGAGAGCUAUCGCGUGCGCACGUAGUAGCUAUCGCGUGCGCACAUGGUAGAUAAAAUAUCUCUGAAGGCCCCUUUUUGCCACCGUAUGCAUGUCCUCAUCUAGCAAAAUCUGUUUAACAAUUUGCUAAUCUCCUUACAGUAAAUGAGGGCUUUGUGAGGGCAUUGUGGUCUGUACAGUUGGGCAAAGUGGUCUGGCGUGUACAAUGUAAAGUCCUCUAGUGUAAAUAGUAUAAGUGCUUUGUAAUAGCAGGAAUAUUAGAAAUAAUAUAUAUUCUAUUUACAUUAUAUGUAUAAUCGGUUAAGUAACACGAUGAUUAUAAAGGCUAUUUUGUAAGUUUCAAAUCAUACACUGGUCUUACUUGUAUCAAGUUUGAAGCAUUAUAUGCGUUCAAAGUAUAGUUUAAAAGUAACAUUUGUUUUGUUUUGUUUGUAUAAUUUCAAUAUUUUGUGCCAUAUUACUAUUGCAAUAAAUCAAAACCAUAUAGCUUAGAUUAGUAAAUGUACUACAAAGACCAGUGUAUGGAAGAUAAUUUCCAUUCAUGUUUUAAAAUAUACUAUGUAAUAGAUGCUGACAAUGUCUCUCCUGAGAUUGCAAGUGUAAUACAUACACGAAGUAUUUCUUAAUAUUAUAUAUUUGAAUGUAGAAUCUCUAAAAAAGUAAAUAACUUGUAAAUUAAAUAUUUAAUCAAUGGUAACCAUUAAUAAUGAAAGAAAAGAAAUACUUGCAGUCACGUCAUCUUGCUAUGUAAUUAGUUAUUUACUUAUGCAUACAUGUAAUUGUAUAUAUCAUGAAUGCUUAUACAUGACUCUUUUGAGAGUUAAUUUUCAAAAUAAAGAUUCUUCUUCUUA